AUGCCUGAGCCCACGCAGGAAGACAUCUCCUCUCACACAUCAGACAUCUCCUCUCAACUGGAGGGCUUCAGACCAGUGCCGCUCAUCCGCCACUGGAGCACACCCUGCAACCUCUCAGAUACUGGUGCAGCUGUAAGCCACACCUCCAGAACACCUGACACUGCUCUAAACAUAGAAGAUGACAUGUGGGAAAACCAACCUCGUUACUUCCAUCAUGUUACUGAGAAGCUCUUCUUCAGGGCUGUUUCCAAAAGCAACGUACAGUUAGCACGGCGAGCAGACGCAGCAGGCCGGUGUCCCCCAGGGAAGCUCCAGUGGAAGAUGGACCCCCAGCUGAGGAGGCCGGGGAUCAUUCAGGUGAACCGGCUGAGGUGGUGCCUGCAGAAGAGGCAUGAGUUUUCUACUGAUUCCUGUUUCUAUGAACCAGAGCCAUACGAAAAGACUGAGAUCACAGGGAUGUUUCUGGAGAAGCCAGAGAGUGUUGUGGUCAUUGCAGGCAAGGAUAUCACAUUCACAGCUAAAGUGGACUCAACACACUUGCCGCGGAAACCCGUCAUGAAAUGGCUUAAGGGGAAGUGGCUGGACCUGGGCAGCAAGGCAGGAAAACACCUGCAGUUUAAAGAGACCUACGACAGAAACACAAAGAUUUACACCUAUGAGAUGAAGAUGAUAAAGGUUGUCCCUGGUGAUGCCGGUGGAUAUCGCUGUGAGGUCACGUCAAAGGACAAGUGUGACAGCAGCACCUUUGAGAUCUCUGUGGAGGCUGCUGAACAGGAGGCUGAGACUGACAUCCUCUCUGCAUUUAAAAGAGCUGAUGCUGGAGAAGAUGAAGGUGAAUUGGACUUCAGUGCUCUACUCAAAGCAACAAAGAAGAAGAAGAAGGAGCAGCCUCCGGAGCCGGAGGUGGACGUGUGGGAGAUCCUGAAGGCGGCCAAGCCCUGUGACUAUGAGAAAAUCGCCUUCCAGUACGGCAUCACUGACCUGAGGGGCAUGCUCAAGCGUCUGAAAAAGAUGAAGACCGUGGAGCCUAAAGUCAGCGACGCUUUUCUGAAGCGCCUGGAGUCGGCAUAUUCUGUGGAUAAGGGUAAGAAGAUAGUCCUGAGGGUGGAGGUGGUCGACCCCAGUGUUGAGGUCAAAUGGCUGAAGAAUGGACAAGAGAUUAAGCCCUCUGCCAAGUAUCUGAUGGAGGCUGAUGGAAACAUUCGGACUUUAACCAUCAAUAAAACCAACCUGGCUGACGACGCUGCCUACGAGUGCGUGAUCGGGACUGAGAAGUGCUUCACUGAGGUCUUCGUCAAAGAGCCUCCUGUGACCAUCACCAAGCUGCUGGAUGAUUAUCAUGUGGCGGUGGGAGAGAGGGUGGAGUUUGAGGUGGAUGUGUCGGAGGAGGGAGCCCACGUCAAAUGGAUGUUUGAAGAGAAAGAGUUGACAAGAGAUGAUAAGCAGUAUCGUUUUAAGAAGGAUGGAAAGCGCCACUGGCUUAUUAUACAGGAAGCCACGUUGGAGGACAUGGGCAUGUACUAUGUCUAUACAAAUGGUGGCCAAUCAAAGGGCGAGCUGAUAGUAGCAGAGAAGGAGCUGGAGGUGCUGCAGAGCUUGGCUGACCUGACAGUCAAGUCGGCAGAACAGGCCAUGUUUAAGUGUGAGGUGUCUGAUGAAAAAGUGACUGGGAAAUGGUUCAAAGACGGAGUGGAGGUUCAGCCCAGCGAACGCAUCAAGAUGACCCAUGCUGGCAGGUUUCAUCGGCUGAUCAUUGAUGAGGUGAAACCAGAGGAUGCAGGCGACUACACAUUUGUCCCAGACGGUUUUGCGCUCUCCCUCUCCGCCAAACUCAACUUCCUGGAAAUCAAGAUUGAUUACGUCCCCAGACAAGAGCCUCCAAAGAUUCACUUGGACACCACGGGCAGCAUGGUUUCCCAGAACACCAUCAUUGUUGUUGCCGGCAACAAGCUGCGACUAGACGUUGAGAUCACGGGUGAACCAGCGCCCACCGUCACAUGGAUGAAGGGGGACACGCCAAUCACAGAGGCAGAGGGGCGUGUCCGUGUGGAGAGCAGGAAGGACCUGAGCUGCUUUGUCAUUGAGGGAGCAGAACGACACGACGAGGGCAAUUACACAAUCACAGUCACUAACCCAGCAGGGGAGGACAAAGCCAACCUGCACAUCAAAAUAGUGGAUGUUCCUGAUCCACCUGAGAAUGUGAAGUGUACCUCAGUGGGGGAGGACUGCGCUACCAUCAUAUGGGAACCUCCCAAAUUCGAUGGAGGAGCUCCAGUCAAAGGUUAUUUGAUGGAGAGGAAGAAGAAAGGUUCGUCGCGCUGGACCAAGCUGAACUUUGAAGUGUUCGAGGGGACGACCUACGAGGCCAAGCGUAUGAUUGAGGGCAUCCUCUACGAGAUGAGAGUGUUCGCCGUGAAUGGGGUGGGAAUAUCAGCUCCAAGUCUAAACUCCAAACCAUUCAUGCCUAUUGCCCCCACCAGUGAGCCGACCAAGCUGGUCGUUGCGGACGUAUCAGACACGACAUGCACACUGAAGUGGCUGGCUCCAGAGAAGGUUGGGGCAGGGGGGCUGGAUGGUUACAUUGUGGAAUACUGUAAGGAGGGAGAGACGGAAUGGCAUGCGGCCAACACAGACUUGAUUGAGAAACAGAAUUUUGUUGUGAGGAACCUGCCCACGGGAGAGAAGAUGAACUUCCGCGUCUUUGCCGUAAACAUCGCCGGACGGAGCCCUCCAGCCUCCCUGGCUCAGCCUGUCACAGUCCGGGAAAUCAUGGAGUACCCAAAGAUCCGUCUCCCUCGACAGCUGAGAACUAGAUACAUCAGGCGAGUUGGAGAAACAGUCAACCUGGUCAUUCCUUUCCAGGGUAAACCUCGCCCAGUGGCCCAUUGGCUGAAGGAUGGGGAGCCAGUCGACCCCAAGAAAGUGAGCGUUCGUAAUUCCAAUGUGGACUCUAUCCUGUUUAUCCGCUCGGCCGAGAGGGAACAUUCUGGAAAGUACACGCUGGUGUUACAGAUUGAGAACAUGGAGGACCGGGCUACUAUAGACAUCCGUGUCGUAGAUCUCCCCGGGCCUCCAUCCGAGGUGAAGGUGACUGACGUGUGGGGCUUCAACGCUGCUCUGGAGUGGAAACCACCCAAAGAUGACGGCAACACAGAGAUCACAGGAUACACAAUCCAGAAAGCCGACCAGAAAACCAAGGAGUGGUUUACAGUGUAUGAGCAUAACCGUAGGACUCACUGCACAGUGUCAGAUCUGAUCAUGGGGAACGAGUACAUGUUCCGUGUGUACAGUGAGAACCUGGUUGGUCUGAGCACAGACCCAAGCUUCAGCAAAAACACUGCCUUCAUCGCCAAAGUCGGGUUGGAGUAUAAGCCUCCUGAUUACAAAGAGAAAGAUAUGUCCUGCUCUCCCAAAUUUACUGCGCCCCUAGUGGACAGAUCUGUAGUUGCGGGCUAUAGCACUGCCAUCAGCUGUGCUGUGAGAGGCUAUCCUAAGCCUAAGAUCAUCUGGAUGAAGAAUAAGAUGAUUAUCGGGGAUGAUCCAAAGUACCUGAUGCAGAACAACCAGGGGGUUCUCACCCUGAACAUCAGGAAACCCAGCUCAUUUGACGGCGGGAAAUACACGUGCAAGGCCGUGAACGACCUGGGAGAAGACGAGGUGGAGUGCAAGCUGGAGGUCAGACGUAAGGAGAGAGAGAGACGAGGAGGA